GGCGGGCUCGUGGCACGAGCUGCGGGCGCGGGAGCGGCUGAGCGAGUCCUGUAUCCUGCCUUCCUUCGAGGUUGGCACCCGCGUCUUUUCAGAGAGCUUACUCCAGAGAGAGGGCUAUCGUUUGGGAGCAAUGAGUUUAAAACCCUUCACCUACCCGUUUCCAGAGACGAGGUUUUUUCAUGCAGGAUCCAAUGUGUAUAAAUUCAAAAUCAGAUAUGGCAACAGCAUCAGAGGGGAAGAUAUUGAAAAUAAGGAAGCCAUCGUCCAGGAGCUGGAGAUGCCUCUGAGAGGGAAAGCUGCAGGAGCCAUGAUGAAGAAACGAAAACACGUGGACGUGCCCAACUGCCCCAGCAGGCAGGGCUGGACAGGUCAAGCCAACAUGGUGACUUCCAGCCAAAGCCCCAGCAAAAAGAAGCCCCCUGUGGAAACCGCCAGGGUAAGCGCCAAAAUGGAAGCUUCGAGGCUCUUGGCCGUUGCAACUCUGUUACAAGACAGGAUUCCUGUUACCAGCACAUCUUGGUCAACGGGGAAAGAAAAAACCCAGCAGGAAUGUCAGGAGACCCCAGCGUUCGAUAUCACUGAUGUCCAGGAACAGGAUUCUAAGUGGGAGGACAGCCUAGCAGGGCAGAUCAUCCCACCACUGCAGCAGACCAAUCCACCUCCAGCUAAAGGGCCCACAGAGCUGGGAACCAGGGGCUUCUUUGGGUUUCUAAGCUCUCUCUUCCCGUUUCGGUAUUUACUCAGAAGGAGCAGCCAGUGAGCCUUCCAAAUGCAGUGGUGGGAAGAGUGUCCUCUCACAGUGACUCCUCCCAUUCCGUCCUCUGCUUGUGACAUGCCAGUCAUGAGGAAUGAGGGCCCCAAACUCCUUGCGUCUUGCCCCUUUACAGAAUUUUUUUUUUCUCGUUAAAACACUAAGAAGAGGACUUUCUAAAAUCCUCUAGUCUGAAAAUUGUAAUGCUCUGAGGUUCAGUUUAGGACUUUCAUCUCUAGCACUUAGGAUUCUAAUGACAAUAAAUUAUUGAUGAGGAGUUAUUGACUGAAUGUAGUGAAGGAGAGAGUAAGAGAGCAAAUUCUUCCCUCAAGACACAGGGGAGCAAUGCCUGAAAACUCCCCUGGGUCUACCUGGUUGUUGCUUUGGGUUGGAAGGGCCCUGUGCCUGAUCUCAGACCUUAAAGUCCCCUGGUAGAGGUUAGGGAUGAGGUCUUCCAAGACUCACUGUCCCAAGCCCUGCUGACCCUCAAGGAAUCAUCUCGCCCCAGGUCACCCCCGUUUGGCCCCAAAGUGCAGCCUGCAGUAGAUCAGUGCUUCCUAUCCACUUAUCCUUCUGGCUUUUGACAGUAAUGCAGGUAAAUUUAUCGAAUUACCCGGAAGUUAGUCCAAGUUGGGGCCCUUGGAGAAGACCAGGGCACACGAGCUCUGUCUUCAUGUAACACAAGGGCUGAUCCAGGACAGACACAUUAAACUUGUAUGGCAACAGAGGAUCAAAAUAAUAGAUAGGAACUUAGGUAAACUCAUUUCAGCUUAGAGAUAUCUAGUGUUAGAAUGGAUCGCCUUGUGAGAUAAUGAGCCCUUGUCACCUCUAGGCUUUAAACAGAGCUGAUUUAUCUGCCAGAUGUUGGAAGGUUCCCCUGAUGAGUGGGAGAAUUGGGGCUGGA